GACAAGGAAUGCGCGCGCGGAGGUGAUUUCCGUACUGAAUGGAAGACGACAACGCCGAAGAGCGUCCGGCACGUGAACACGCGGUGCAAGAACAGAAAAUAAAAGGAAAAGGCAUCCAAUCAGAAGAAAACACGGAGCUUUGAGCGGCCAAUCAGCAAGAGACGAAUCGACCAGAGUGGCAGAAAAGCGAGGCGCACUGGCAGAGGAUGGGACAGUUCCAGGAAGCGAUGCCAGCAGAAGGUCGGCCACCGUACCGGGAGAUGAAGACGGGCCGUGGGGUACCGGACCCGAGCCACGAAGACUUCGCCCGACCGGGGCCUCCUGCUAACCCGUUCCCAGGUGUCGCCACUCUACCCUAUCAAGAACUGCUACCCGAGGCCGGCGAGCUUCUACGUCCGUGGGCUGAACGUGAGCAGUUGGGCUCACGUUCAUUCAUCCAGUCCGAGUUCUACGCCCAGCUGACCGGCUGGAACGCCGCCAUCUGCCCGUACCGCCAAGCCACCUGCCUUCCCUCUCCAAGCCAGAGCUGCCGCUCUCUGAUUGCCUGUUCAACGGUCCAGUAUACCGACUUUGCUCGUCGUUGGGCGACCCAGUAUAGGGGUCAAGGUGGUGACGUCAGCAACGGUGCGGGGUGGCGUCGUCGUGGUCGGCGAGACAGGAGCGGCCGGGCUGCUCUCCGCCGUGCCGCCCACCGUUCGCGGGCUGACGAAGCCGACCCAGUAGGGGUCAAGGUGGUGACGUCAGCACCGGUGCGGGGUGGCGUCGUCGUGGUCGGCGAGACAGGAGCGGCCGGGCUGCCCACCGCCGUGCCGCCCACCGUUCGCGGGCUGACGAAGCCGUUGCAGUAGCUGGUCGUCACCGGGCUCGGUGGCGGGAUCGCAGCGGGGCGCGUCUGGGACACCACCCGCUGCUGAAGAGCCUGCGCGAAGGAACUGCGCACGGUACCCGCGGAAGACAGCGUUGCGGGAGCCACGCCUCCGCCGGGCUCCGAUGCGAAUCGCGGAAAAGACCGACGACAUCGGAGAAAGAGCUUGUCAAUUGGGCUAGUUAGCCGUGUAUUAUAAUAAUAAUAAAA